AUUGCACCUGAGAAUACUUUAGUUGCAUUCCAAAUAGCUGCAAACGAAAGCGUCUAUGGAUUUGAGUCAGAUGUACAAAUAAGUUUAGAUGGAAUUCCGUUUAUUUUACAUGACAAAACAUUACGACGAACAACCAAUAUUGAAGAAGUAUAUCCCGACCGAGUGGAUGAUGAUGCUUCUACAUUUACAUUUGAUGAAUUGCGGAAACUCAAUGCUGGAAGCUGGUUUUUGAAGGAAGAUCCAAUGGGUGUAGUUGGAUCUCUUACUGACAAAGCAAAGGAAAUCUACAAUAACCAAACCAUUAUGUCUUUGGAAGAAUUGAUUGACUUAGCACACUUGACAGGAAAGAAUGUUUUAAUAGAUAUACGAUCCCCAGUCAAGGAAAAUCGUUAUUAUUAUACAGUUGAGAAGCAAGUUAUUGAUGUGAUAUCGAAAACUGGAAUUCCUCUUAAACAGAUUUGGUGGUUCUCAAAAGUCUAUCAUUCAGCAUAUACCACCAAUUUUACACAAACUGGGACAAGUUAUCUACCAGUUGAAGAUCUCGUAAAAUUGCAUAUCUCUAAUUUCAAUGCUAGGUAUGAUUCACUUAGUGAAGAUGAAAUCCUACAAUAUCUUGAAUCCAACAUUACUACUAAUGUCUACUUGGUUAAUACAUACUGGCUGUUUUCCCUGUAUUGGUGUCUGGGUGUACAAUCUGUAACAACAGAUGAAUGUCACGUCCUCAAUAAAAUUGAAAAACCAUUAUGGCAUUUGACUCCAGGAACAUAUCUUAUGACAUGGGUUUCAGUUGAUAUAAUAUCUGCUAUCAUCAUCAUCACCAUACUUAUAGUACAAUGGGUCCGGUUAUUGGGAACACGCUUCAAUCCAGAGACAAUUUCGUUACAUUCUCAACAGACAAUGACUAUCCUUACAGACCAGUAUCAUUCUAAUUCAAGAACUAUGAAAGAAAAACUAUUAUUUACUGCCGACCAACUCGAAGAAGACAUUCUGGAAGCAACAGAAGGUGUUUCUAAUGACCAUAUUGAUUCUCCAACCCAUCAUUACAUGAAUACAGCUGCCGAUACUAUUGUCAUCAGUGUUCCUCAGUAGAUACAAGUUUACUGAAAACAUUGAGACAAUUCAAAAGAUUCAUAGAAUUCCAAACCAAAUUCCAUUUGUUAUACUACUUUCCAGGAAAAUAUGGAAUUUAUAAUUAAAAAAUAUAUAUAUUUUAUGAAUGACUCUUUGUGAUGGGAUUUUGGCACAUUUAUUUUCCUUUUUUUUUUUAUAUACCAGAAAGCAAUCUUUGGCUCUAUGUUAAUGUGUUUUAUUCUGUGAAUAUUUAAGAUUUUUUUUUUUUAAUGGCUUAGUCAAAAGACAAAGAGCAGCGCCCAUGACCUUUUUCAUGGCCUUUAAGAUUGGUCAGAGGAAGUGAGGAUUUUAUCCUCAGAUUAGAGAUCUAGUUUCAAAGCUUGCAACAGAACUGAUUCUGUUAAAGGCACCCAAGGACCAGGUGGGGGUGUUAAACCGGGUGAUGGCAUAAGUUCACCACCCAAUAAAUGCCUUAUGCAUGUUUCAUA